GAGAUUUUUUCUCCCGAAGCGGACGAGUAAAGGAAAACAUUUUGAUUAAAUAUAUCUAGUCCUCGGACUAGUUUUUCAUUCAGCUGGGCCUCCAAGAAAGAUCAAGAUGGCUGCUGGAGCAGUAGUCGUUCCUUCCAUUAUCCCACUUAGGAUUCCAGUCCAGGGCAAGAGCAAGACAGACAUUGACACCAACACAUACAUCGAGCUCAAAAGUACCACUCCAGAUACUGACAUCUUUUAUACGAUUGAUGGAACCAAACCAGAUCCAUUCCAGACAAUAGGACAGAGAACAACAUUCAUGUACCAGAGACCUUUCAGGCUUACAGAGGGAAAGAGAACUGUCAAGGCCCUUGCAAUGGCUAGGGAUCAGACAAGAGAAAGUUUUGUAGUGAGCAAGACUUUCUUUGUGGAGUGGGUAAGAGAAGAACCUGAUGACACUGAUGAGGAGAGUUUGCUGGAGGCAGAAGCUAGGAACCAAAGCCCUGGACUCAAGCUUACAGCCUCCAAGACAACCACUGCUCUCCUGAAGAAAGUAGUUGAGGCUGAGACCAGAAGACCCGACUCGGUGAAGGGGUCUAACUACAGGAAACCCACUGUAGGAACCCGCUUCAUGGAAAAUAGGAUGGGCACGAAGAAACCCAGUGUCUCUAGAGGUCAAAAGGUUGGGCAAGGAAAGAAAACCCCUGAUCCUGCAAGUGAGGAUGACAAAAAGAAGAGUAAGAAGAUACCAGAGAACUUUACUCAAGCAAACAGACUACAGAGACAAACAGAUUUCUUAAAAUGCAUCUUUUGUUUUGCCGACCGUCCAGCCGACCCCUUUGCUCGUUUUUGUAUUUCUUGUGGAUCACCUGUUCCUGCCCUCCCGAAUGCCAGGCUGCCCCCUCCAGAGCCUGCUCAGCUUGGUAUGUGCGUUGGAUGUCAUUCUAUGAUACCUCUGAAUGUCUCCAAGUGUUUGGUAUGUGAGAUGGACGUCCCACCACAACUCGUACCACAAGCAUCAGUCAAAUUGCAGGACAAGCUCGUAUGCAAUGAAUGCGGUACAGGUAACCCUGCUAAUAUGCAAUACUGUGUGACAUGUGAGCACCCAUUGACUGGAGCUAAUAAACAUCUAAAGCCAACAUACAGUCAAUUCGCUGCACCCCCUGAGCCAGGUAAAAAGGGACGUCUUCUGUGCUGCAGCAAAUGUGGGCGUGUCAACAAUAGUGAUGCGAGAUACUGUGAUUGGUGUGGUGCAAAGCCUGCUCCCACCACAUCAUUGAUGACAUGUUCUAGAUGUAAGGCAGCCAAUCAAGCGUACUCAUCAUUCUGUCAUUCAUGUGGAGUUUUGAUAGAACCACCGAUCAGGAAUGAUCCAAGAAACAAUGGAAUCACAGUUGGAGGAAAACAUACUUCACAGGUAGUGGACCAGAAUGGUGAACCAUCUUGGGUUCCCAUGACAGUCCCCAAGAAGGAGCCUCCUAAGGUCUCGGUCUCCACCAUGACAGCAGGAAUCUUCUACCCAUCCAACAAGGAGCUGAUCAAGAAAGACCUGGAGCAGCAGGAGGCAAAGGCCAAGCAGGAUGCCAUGAGUGACCGCAAGGUGACCCUUACAGCGGUCAGUCCAGGCAAAGGUUACUGGAGGCAACAAAUGGACCAUAUAUGUGGUCAUCUCAAAGCACAUGCACAGAAUAAUACAGACUUCAGAAACCAGAUUGGAGAACCAAGGAUGGGAAAGCUAGUGACAGCUGCUGUGCAUGAAGAUGGCUAUGAGCUUAGUCUGACUGUAUGCUUUGCACUGAGAGGAUCUAAGGAUGCUAUGACAGGCAAACCUCUGGGAAUUACCAAGUCAACACUGCUGAGUGAUGUAACAGAGGGAAGGAGAAACAGUAUAAAUAGUCCUGUAACUCAAGAAAAGUUUUCAAAUAACACCAAGGAAUCAUCGUCUAAGAAAGAUUCUCCAAAGAAGAAAACAAUAAAGAAGAAACCUGUCAAUGAUAAGCUUACACCUUAUGACAAAGAUUUAUUGCGAGAAGUUGGUCCCAAGGGGGAUGGAGAUGAAGAAGAAGUUCAGAGGUUGCUUGAUGAGGGGGCUGAUCCCAACAGUGAGAAUGCUGACGGUGUCCCUGUGUUAACCAUCACUGUGCUCAACAAACACUUUGAAUGCAUACCAGCUCUUGUGUUUCAUGGUGCUGAUGUGCACAAGAAAGUUGGGCAGAAAGGAAACACAGCCCUCCAUGAAGCCGUGCAGCUGGGAUACGAUGGAAAGCAGGGUGUGGUCACUCUCCUUAACAACGGAGCCAGUGCAAAGGUUAAGAACAACCGUGAUGAGACACCGGCAGCGAUGGCUACACGGCUUGGCAACGAGAGCAUCAUCAACAUCUUCACGUCUACUGCAGGGCAGGGCAUGCUAGAUAGGAUCAAGAAACAAGCCUUGGGAAAGACUAAGACGUUUGGUGAGGAUGAUUUCUGAUUAACUUGUUCAAGAAUAUCUGAUUAUUUUGAUUGGUUAUCAAUAGAUCUUUCUUGCUCGUGUAAGGAGUAUGCAAGUACAAUAACCUGUUGGAAGGAAUACAGUGUCACACACUGUGGUUACAGUGUGUUCACAUACUGGACUAUGCAAACACAGUGAUAUGCACACUGUAAAAAUGCUGAACUUUUACAGUAUGGAGAUAAUUUCACACCUCUACAGUGUGAGCAUGUACAGUGUGUUAAGUGGAUUAUAUGAACACACCAAAAAUGCUCACACUGUAGAACACACUGAAAAUGCUCAUAUUCAAUAAUGUGAUGCUGAUUUCACACAGUGGACAACUUUACUGUGUGAUGUUGACUCUGUAUUCUCAAAGUUGACUAUGAAAAAGAAAUUGACGUUUUUUAAAUAUUGAAAUUCAACAGUGUGGAUAUGAUUUCACACUGUGGACACCUACAGUGUGAGUGUUCACACUGUCUUCACACAGUGGACUAAGUGAAGAUGUGACUCACAUUGUGAAAAUGCUCAAAUCUAACAUUUUGGAAAUAAUUUCACACUGUAGACACCUCUACGGUAUGAGUUUUCCCCACAGUGUUCACAUAUUGGACUCUACGAAGAUGCCAUUCCUGCUGUUAAAAUGCUGAAAUUUAACACAGUGUGGAGGUGAUUUCACACUGUGGACACUUCUACACUGUGAGUGUCUAUAGUGUGUUCUUGUAGCUUGGAGUAUGUGAAAAAUAACUCACACUGUUAUUGUGUUUAAACUCAUCGGUGUGAAGGAACUGUGUUCAACACUGUGAGACACACUGUGGAGUAUUGUGUUCUUCACAGCUUGGCAUGUUUAAAUGUUUUUUGACUUACCAAUAAGUCAUUCAAUUUGAAUCCAUCUUGACACCCCUGCCAUGAUACACUUCAUUCACUAACAUUCAACAAGUAAAGCCAUGAUAUGAUAAUGACAACCAAAAUAAGAUGAAAUACAUAAUGAAAAUGAAUAAACCACCUUUUGAUAUAUCCCAGAUAUUACCCUCAGCCAUUGUUUCAAGUGUUUAUCAAAAGUCCCUCUAAAUGUGAAAUGUGAAUACUUUACUUUGUUAUCAGUUUUAACCCCAAACCUCUGUAUUCACCCGUAACCAACCAAAGCACAGGAUUUCAGUAGCAGUGAAACGGCCCGGUUAUCAAGAGGCAAAUAAUGCCAAUAUACAUGUAUAGUACUUGUAGUUUGUGUUCUUGGUAAGAUCAGUACUAUUAUUAUUAUUAUUUAUUUGGCAUCUCAAACAUUACAAAGUAUGACAGAA